UGUAUUUGCCGUAAAGUAACACUUUAAUCCUAUGAUUAAAUAAAAAAUAAUAAUAAAAAGACAACGAAAAAAUUGCGCAACAAUCGCUGCUGUCAAUAACCCGGGGGACUGUCUUCUCAAUAGCCAUGUACCGAGAUAUCAAGCCAGCCGAAGCACCAUCAGGGUGGACGCCCGAUGUGGUGUGUAUCGACCGUCUGGUAUGGUCGCCAAAGAUACCAGCCGAGCUGAAAAGCAUGUUUAUGCCCAAACCAGGAGCUCUUGAACCUCCAGCAACCUUUAUAAACGAGAAUGUCAAUGUCGUUGGAACUUACAACAAUUCCCCCAAAGUCACACGAAAGAAUGUCAAGAUAAAACGCAUCACCGAUCCAAAACACCCAUGCUGUGGAGCAUACGGCCUAUAUGCUGCCCAAACUCUGGCUCCCAAACAGCUCAUUAUAGAUUACAUUGGCAUCGUCGAAUACCGUGAUCAGUAUGACCCCAAGUCGGACUACGUACUGCGAUUUGGACCUGAUCUAUCUAUCGAUGCCGGCCGGUAUGGAAACGAAGCGCGAUUCUGUAAUGAUUUCCGAGGUAUAGGUGAAAAACCAAACGUAUGCUUCUUGAAUUAUCAGGAUGAGCGUACAAAGGCCAUUCGGGUUGGUAUUUUUGUCCAAAGUACCAAGGAAAAAAUCAAGAAAGGCGAUGAGCUGCUUGUUACCUAUGGAAAAAGCUUCUGGACAAAACGCGGUGUACAGUUGAAAAAUCAGUCGAACACUGAACCAUAAGCUCAUGAUGAUUUAAAUGCCAUUCCAAUAGUAUAUAGUUCUCACACUUCAACUCUUUUCAUGUAAUCCUACAAUAAUUAUAUUCCUCGAUUUAAAACCAAAAUGUAAAAGCAAACAUUCAUAAUUACAAUCUGACUUUAUGCAUUUCUCUUUUCAAGUAUUACACUACAAGGCCUAAUUACAAAGAGAGACCCAUGAACUUUCUCUUCUGGAAACACAUCCACCAUUUGGAUGGUUUGCCAUCGACAUAGACACGGUCAACUAGUCGGACAGCCAUCUCUUGACGGAGUUGUUGUAUGUAGAUACGAAGUUGAUCUGUUAAUGGUUCAAUAA